UGAUUUCCAGUAACUUCAGAGAGGGGGAGGAGCCUCAAGUGAAAGUGAAAGUGUUCAGACUGGUUCUAACUUCAAGGAGCAGACGGAGGAGACGUGAAGUCUGAGGCUGACUGAAGAUGAGUGGUUAUGAAGAGGAAGAGGAAGAGGAGGACAGAGCAGAGUCUCCAGGGUUCAGCUGUCUGUCUCUGAAGAGUGACCGGUCCAUGGGACAUCCUCCACACUUCAGUAAUGAACCUGGACCCUCACACACAGAGGAGAGGAAGAGGAGUCAUGUUUCUGAGGAGGAGCAGUCGUCCUGCUGUGCUUCAUGUCAGGACAUCCUGAAGGAUCCAGUCUCCACCAGCUGUGGACACUGGUUCUGCAGACAGUGCAUCACCUCAUACUGGGACCAGUCUGGCUCUUCAGGAGACUCCUCAUGUCCCCAGUGUGGAAAAAGAUCCAGAACAGGAGCUGGAGGUCAGACAGCCGCAGAUCGUGGUCUGCAGGAGGUUUCAGAUGAACAUAAGCUCAGUGUGAGGAGGAGACGUGAACAUGUGACUGAAGGAAGUGAUGAAACAGGAAGUAGAACCCUCCUCAACAUGAUCUAUACUGAGCUCCACAUCACAGAGGGACAGAGUGAAGAGGUUAAUACUCAACAUGAGGUGAGGCAGCUUGAGACGGCUUCCAAGAUGAAGAUCCUCCAGGACACUCCCAUCAAGGUCCACGACAUCUUUAAAGCCUCCACUGACCAGCAGAGCAGCAUCAGAGUCGUCCUGACCAACGGCGUCGCUGGUGUUGGAAAAACCUUCUCGGUGCAGAAGUUCACUCUGGACUGGGCAGAGGGUUUAGAGAACCAGGAUGUGGGUCUGCUGGCUGUGCUUUCGUUCAGGGAGCUGAACCUGGUGAAGGACCAGCAGCACAGUCUUCUCACGCUGCUCCAUGUUUUCCAUCCAGCGUUACAGAAGCUCACAGCAGAGACGCUCGCUGUCUGUAAACCUUUGUUCAUCUUUGACGGCCUGGAUGAAAGCAGACCUUCUCUGGACUUCAACCACAGGGAGCUUGUGUCUGAGGUAACGCAGAGGUCAUCAGUCAACGUGCUGCUGACAAACCUCAUCCGGGGGAAUCUGCUUCCCUCGGCUCUCGUCUGGAUAACCUCCAGACCUGCGGCGGCCAAUCAGAUCCCUCCUGCAUGUGUUGACAGGGUCACAGAAGUACGAGGCUUCACUGACGCCCAGAAGGAGGAGUACUUCAGGAGGAGAUUCAGUGAUGAAGAGCUGUGCAGCAGAAUCAUCUCACACAUCAAGACGUCCAGGAGCCUCCUCAUCAUGUGUCAAAUCCCAGUCUUCUGCUGGAUCAGUGCUACAGUUCUGGAGCACAUGUUGACCACAGACCAGAGAGGAGAGCUGCCCAAGACCCUGACUGACCUGUACUCACACUUCCUGCUGGUUCAGACAAAGAGGAAGAACAACAAGUACGGUGAAGGACAUGAGACGAGUCCACAGCAGCUGACGGAGGCUGACAGGGACGUUCUCCUGAAGCUGGGGAGGCUGGCACUUAAACAUCUGAGGAAAGGGAACAUCAUGUUCUACCAAGAAGACCUGGAGCGGUGUGGUCUUAAUGUCACAGACGCCUCGGUGUACUCAGGAGUUUGUACUGAGAUCUUCAGACGAGAGUGUGUGAUCUUCCAGAAAUCAGUCUACUGCUUUGUUCAUCUGAGCGUUCAGGAGUUCCUGGCUGCAGUCUACAUGUUUCACUGUUACACAGAGAGGAACACAGAAGAACUCAACAACUUCUUGGGAAACUUCUUCUACACAGACAGGACCUCCUCCCUGGAUGACCUCCUGAAGAGAACCAUGGAGAAAUCCCUCACCAGUACAAAUGGUCAUCUGGACCUGUUUGUUCGCUUCCUUCACGGCCUCAGUCUGGAGUCCAACCAGAGAGUCUUAGGAGGCCUGCUGGGUCGGACAGAGAACAAUCCAGAGAUCAUCCAGAGAGUCAUCAACAACCUGAAGGAGAUGGAGAGUGGUAACAGUUCUCCUGACAGAAGCAUCAACAUCUUCCACUGUCUGACUGAGAUGAACGACCACUCAGUUCAUCAGCAGAUGAAACAGUUCCUGACGUCAGAGAACAAAUCAGAGGAGGAACUCUCUGAGAUCCACUGCUCAGCUCUGGCCUACAUGCUGCAGAUGUCAGAGGAGGUUCUGGAUGAGUUGGCCAUGUCGAAGUUCAACACAACAGGCCAGGGUCGACUGAGACUGAUCCCAGCUGUGAGGAACUGCAGGAAGGCUCGACUCAUUGGUUGUGGACUCUCAGAGACUCACUGUGAAGUCGUGGCGUCAGCUCUGAAGUCAGACCCCUCACAUCUGAGAGAACUGGAUCUGAGCUUCAACAACCUGGAGGAUUCAGAAGUGAAGCUGCUGUGUUCUGGACUGGAGAGUCCAAACUGUCGACUGGAGACUCUGAGGUUGGAGGGCUGCAGUCUGUCAGAGAUCAGCUGUUCUUCUCUGGCUUCAGCUCUGAGGUCAAACCUCUCUCAUCUGAGAGAACUGGAUCUGAGCUACAACAGAGACCUGCAGGACUCAGGAGUGAAGGAGCUGUGUGGUUUUCUACAGAUUCCAACCUGUCGACUGGAGACUCUGAGGUUGGAGGAAUGCAUUCUGUCAGAAAUCAGCUGUUCUUCUCUGGCUUCAGCUCUGAGGUCAAACCCCUCUCAUCUGAGAGAACUGGAUCUGAGUGAAAACGGCCUGCAGGACUCAGGAGUGAAGGAGCUGUGUGGUUUUCUACAGAGUCCAACCUGUCAACUGGAGACUCUGAGGUUGAGGAGCUGCAGACUGACAGAGAUCAGCUGUUCUUCUCUGGCUUCAGCUCUGAGGUCUAACCCCUCUCAUCUGAGAGAACUGGAACUGAGAGGAAACUACCUGCAGGACUCAGCAGUGAAGAAGCUGCUUGAUCUACAGCAGAGUCCAACCUGUCGACUGGAGACUCUGAGGUGGGACGGGGCGUCCUGUGUGUUGUCUCUGUGAAGAGGACAGUGUGUGAGGACGGAGGCUGAGCUGUGUCCUGAGGAUCCAGAGGCUGAAGCAGCAGCAGCUUGUGUGUAGUCUCCAAUCUACACAACCCCUAAUCUGCAUGUGUUUGGGAGAUGAAGCCGGAGCACCUGGAGACAACACGGGGAGAACAUGCAGACUCCACACAGGAAGACCCCAUCUGAACCGGAUUCAAACCAGCAACCUUCCUGCCCCGAUUGUGUUUAUCCACAUGUAGAAAUGACAUAACCCAAGCAGAAUAUAUAAACCCUCUAUAAAGACUCACAUAUAUGUGUUUAAGUUUGUCUUUAUUAUUGUCCACCUUUGUCCCUCAGUGUGUCUCCAUGUGUGUAGAACCACAUUCUGUGUAUAUGUUUGUUUAUGAUCUUAAAGUUCCUGGAUUCACGUCACAAAUUGAUUUAGUUCAACACAAAGUUAAACACAUUGAAAUCACUUUGAGUUUAAAAUCAGAGUUUUGUCUUUGACACAAAAGAUUAAAACUCGUUUUCAUUUCUGCAUCAGGUGCAGAGCGGUGGUGGCUUAUCUACUUUUGACCCACAGGUGGCGCUGCAGUAUAACAGCAGCAGAUCCCAGUCAAAGCCUAUAUAUUCAGUCUAUGAGUCAAACACAUGGAUCAUUUCCUCUGUGACAAACCAGAUGUAACCAGAAGAAAACCAUCUCAGAGAGAAAAGUUCUGUUUCUACUUGUCUCUGCUUUAAUGCUCAAUAAACAUCCUUCCACCGAC